AGAGCCUGUGGAAUGAGCUGCUUCUCUGGCCAUGGCAUUACUGACCGAAACUAAAGACCGAAGACGUCAACCAAGCCUUUGAAAGCACCUUCAAAACGCUACAUCACCUGGAAUCAGAUCUCAACUAAAAAUGUGGACCACAAAGUUUUAAUUUAAGUGUUUGGAAAGUGAAGAACCUGCUGAGGGAUGGAGAACUCAAAGAGACAAGACUAGAGAACAUUUCCUGUGGAACUAGAGCUCUACUAUUACAAUGGAGUUUGGAAAAGUUGUUUUACUGACCACAAUGAUGUUCAAAUGUGGUAUUUUCUGCUCAGAGUCGUCUGAGAAAUGCGUGUCGUCUCCGUGUCAGAAUGGAGCGACGUGUGUGGACACAAUGGACGAUUAUGUGUGUCUGUGUGCAUGGGACGGUGUGCGGUACAUGGGGAAGGACUGUGAAGAACUGUACGACGCCUGUGUGUUUGUGGACUGUGAGGGCUGCACGAGUGAGCUGGGCACUGACCAGUUCACCUGUCCAGCAGAGGUGGAUGAGUGUGCGAGUGGGCCUUGCAUAGGCGUUCGGUCUGAGUGCAUAAAAGAACCGGAUGGAUUCUCCUGCUUGUGCCCGGAUGGGUUCGGAGGAGAAGACUGUGUUGCACGCAUUACUGACUGCGUGGACGAGCCCUGCCUAAACAACGCCACCUGCAGGCGGCAGCUGGACGGCUUUAGGUGUGAGUGCGUUCCAGGGUUCCGCGGAGAACGCUGCGAGGAGGACAUAGACGAGUGUGUGUCACAGCCUUGCCAGAAUGGUGCAAUAUGCAAGGAUGGAACCAAUGAGUACCACUGCUUCUGCGUACCUGGUUACCAAGGUUACAACUGCGAGAUCGACAUUAAUGAAUGCGCAUCCCGACCGUGUGAGAACAAUGGAACCUGCAUCAAUGGAAAGGACCGCUACAUUUGUGAGUGCCUCCUGGGAUACACAGGAACGAACUGUGAGGUGGAGGUGGAUGAGUGUGAGUCAGACCCAUGUGAGAAUGGAGCUACCUGUAAUGACCUGAUGGGUUUGUACACCUGCGACUGUGUGAAAGGAUUCAGUGGCCUCAACUGUGAGAUCAACAUCGAUGAGUGUGAGAGUGCACCGUGUCAGAAUGGAGGCACCUGCCACGAUCUGGUCGACAGUUUUGAAUGCGACUGUGGGGACUCUGGAUUCAUGGGUGAUGUUUGUGAGGAGGACAUUCCUGAGUGUGCAUCGGACCCCUGUCAGCACGGAGCCACCUGUGUCGAAGGGACUAAUGGAUACACCUGUACCUGCUGGCCAGGUUUCAAGGGGCUGAACUGUGAAGUGGAUGUUGAUGAUUGUGCUGAUUCUCCCUGUGAGAAUGGAGGCGAGUGCUUUGAGAAGUCUGACCCCACAAACUGGGAUACUGAGUGGACCUUCAGUUAUGCUACAGCCGCAGGAUAUGUGUGUCAGUGUCAGCCAGGAUACACAGGAGAGAACUGCUCCGUAAACAUUAAUGAAUGUGUGUCGGAGCCGUGUCAGAACGGCGGGACAUGUGAGGAUUUGGUGAACGGAUACGUGUGUUUGUGUGCAGAUGGAUUCACAGGUGUGGAGUGUGAGGUGGACAUAGACGAGUGUGAAAACGCCCCGUGUCUGAACGGUGGAGUGUGUGAGGAUUUAGUGGCUGACUACCUGUGUCACUGUCAAGAGCCUACAGAGGGCCUCCCGGCCUGGGGAGGGCGCCAGUGUGCAGUGGAGCUGCUUGGAUGCCUCGACCACCAGUGUCAGAAUGGAGCCACCUGCACGCCUUGGCUGGAUGGGGAGGAACACAGGCACACCUGCCUGUGCGCACCUGGUUUCUCUGAUGACUUUUGCUCCACCCCCACCACAUUCUCCUUCUCCCAGCCAGGCUAUUUCCUGUUGGAGGUUCCUGUGGAUGAGCGGAAGAAGCGCUCUGUGGAAACGGAGCGCCCCCUGCAGGUGUGUCUGCGCUUUCGCACCACGCUGUCUAACAGGCUGCUUUUCUUCCGGGGCAGCACUGACCACUUCUUGAUCCUUGAACUGGUGGAAGGUGCUCUGCGAGCAUGGGCAGAGUCCAGAGAAGACGGAGUCUCAUUACAGAUCACUUCCUCUGGAUUGGUGAAUGAUGGUAGUUGGCAUAAAGUGUGCGUGAGCGUUGCCGUGGCACCAGUUGAGCAAGCAGAAAUUGUGCUGGAGAUUAAAGGUGGUGGGUGUGGUAAAGAAGGCUGCAGGGCACAGCAUAACACAGAUCAUGCCCCCUUCUUACAACACCACCAGCUCACACAAGUGUACGUGGGUGGAGCUCCGGAGGAGUACCUGAGCCUUACCAAGAGUGGGCGUGGCUUUGUGGGCUGUAUGGAGGACCUCCUGGUGGAUGGGCGGACCAUCUUGCCACAGGGCGCAGAGGGGCCAGAGCUUGAGCUGGGCUGCAGUAAGAGGGAGUGGUGUCAGGAAGAGCCUCACCCCUGCAGUUACCAUGGAGACUGCAUUGAUCUCUGGACUAGCUACAAGUGCUCCUGCCACAGACCAUAUUAUGGACAAGACUGCAGCCAAGAGUUUUCCUCUUGGACGUACGGUCACGAGAGCUCAGCGAGUUUCAGCUCAUUCAACCUGCUGGCAGGUCAUGGUGAGAAUUUCAGCAUCUCCUUCUUCCUGCGUUCGCUGAAGCCAGACGGAGUUCUGCUGCAGCUGCAGGAGGCGGAGUCGGGUGGGACUGAGGAGGCGGAGCCGUACCUCACUGUGUACCUGCAGAUGGGGCGGGUGCAGGUGAACGCAGUGGGGCAGAGCGUGAGGUCCCCUGUGUUUGUGUGUGAUGGACACAAACAGGAGCUUCAGGUGGAGCUACAGCAGGGCGACGUGUUCUUCAGCCAUGCAGGGUUCAAUUAUCACCUCGGUUCUGUGACCCCUGUGACCCCGCAGGAGGGUGACAUGGUGUAUGUGGGGGGGCUGCCAGAUGAGGGGAUGGCGAGUGAGUGGGGUGGCCAGUUUAAGGGCUGCCUGCAGGAUGUGAGACUGGACAAUGUGCAUCUGGACGUAGGUGCGUGGAACAACACUGCCAAUGACACGGCAUACGUCCCCAGCGACGCAGAAAACGUGCUGCAUGGCUGCAUCAGUGAUGAUACAUGCAAGGCAGAGCCGUGUAUGAACGGAGGAGAGUGCUCCAUCACCUGGAACGAUUUCACAUGUUCGUGUCCGCUGAACUUCACAGGGAAGACAUGUGAAACCCGUGUGUGGUGCGUCAGUGAUCCGUGUGUAAACGGGGGGCUCUGUGUGGAUCUGCUGGACGGAUUUGAAUGUGUAGCUAACGCUACCUUCGAUAACUCCCCCCUCCACUACACUGCUAAAGGCUCUCUAGUGGCUCCGGUGACCAACAUCACUAUUGAUCUACGCACACGGCAGGAGAACAGUGUGCUGCUGCGAGCCUGGAGGGGGGCGGAAUUUCUCCUGAUUGGUCUGCUGGACGGCACGGUGAGGGCAGAGCUACACGGAGAGAACAGCCUGGAGCCGGUGGCAUUUUCUGGAACACAGCGCAUCACAGAUGGACGCUGGCAUCACCUUGUGGUUGCCAUGGAACAUCCAGAGCAAGAGGCUUCGUCAUGGGUGAUCAUGGUCGAUGGCAUCUCUGACGGCAGCAGUGCCCCAGAGCAGGCCGAAGCUCUGCGCUUCCUCAGCGACGUGACGAGCGAAGUGGCGCUGGCGGAGAGCUAUGGUGGCUGUCUUGGUGUGGUCAGGGUGGGUGGAGUUUACCUGCCCUUCACUGAUGAUGUCGCACCACCGCAGGUGUUGCGCUUCCGUCGGCGGCGGGGUGAACGGGCACGGCUGGGAUGUGUGGGCGCCCCCGUGUGCCGGCCGCAGCCCUGCCAGCACGGGGGCACAUGUGAGGACUUAUUCCACCUGUUCCGCUGUGCCUGCCCACCUGGCUGGGAGGGGCUCACCUGUGAAACCAACACGGACGAGUGCGCCUCGGGGCCCUGUCUCCACGGCAGCUGCAGGGACAAGCUUGGGGGCUUUGAAUGCGAGUGUGAGCCAGGUUAUGGUGGACCCACCUGCGCUCAGGACUUAGAUGAAUGUAAAGACUCUCCCUGCCUGAACAGAGCCACCUGCAUGGAUGGAGUCAAUCAGUACACCUGCAUCUGCAGACGUGGCUACAGCGGCAAACACUGCCAGUGGAACCAUCCUCCUCAGAAGUGUGAGAACCUAGAGUGUGAAAAUGGUGGAGUGUGUCGAGAUGCGCUGUGGGGAGCCGAGUGUAUCUGCACACCAGGAUUCACUGGACACAGGUGUGAGACGGAGAUUGACGAGUGUUUGUCCAGUCCGUGUCUGAAUGGCGGGACGUGUCUGGAUCGUCUGAGCUUCUUUCAGUGUGUGUGCGCUGCAGGGUUCAGUGGACCGUACUGCGAAACUAACAAAGAGGCUCAGCGGGAUCGGAUGCCGUGGCUGGUGGUGGCGAUUCCGCUGGCGUGCGGCUGCGCUCUCUUGGCUGUGAUUGGUCUGAUUUUCAUACUGAUGACGGCGCGCAGGAAGCGUCAGUCUGAGGGGGCGUACUCACCCAGCCAACAGGAAGUAGCAGGCGCUCGUCUGGAAAUGGACAGUAUGCUAAAAGUCCCUCCAGAGGAACGCCUCAUCUAGGACACGCCAACAUCCCCGUUCAAUCAGAGCAAAAACAUCUGAUUUACGUAAUUAUCUCCAAAUAUAAUAUAUAAACUGUUUAUUAAAAAAAUGAAUGAAAAUAUAAACAGGCCUCCAGAUGACUGCUAGUGUUAUUAGCUAUGCUAAUGUCUGUUAGUCCCAAUGGAUGUAUGCUGUAUUAGCAUAAUGCAUGCUGGGCAUUUUAGUGAGAGAACCUUGUUGAGUGGAA